AUGAUGUGGUUGCGUCGCUUGGGGCAUGAAGAGAGCUGUUGCGCUUUGCCAGGCCAACAUCAAUUGAUUCCUGCUCCUGGCGUUCCCAGUGUGGCCAAACAAUUUGAAGGUGCCAAGCCAGUGGAUGUGAAGAAAUCCCAGGCCCACCUCUUGGAGGAUCUUGUAAUUGCUUGGCUGAACGCAGAACCCCAUCGAAUUCCCAGCAUCAGAUUGGAGUACAACUGGCGCUUCCUGGUCGAGUACUACGCUACUUUUGCACCACUGGGAGUGACGCCGCACCAAGAUACGGAUGCAGCACAGCAAGCAGCUCUACAGAAUGCAUGCGAUGAUGCCGAGAUGAUCAGCCCGCAGAGUUCUGAGCCUGAGAUCGAUGUGAAGAAGGAGAUACCUGAAGUUCGAGAACCUGAACCAACCAAGACGGAGCAACUGAGACAGGCGUAUCAGGACCAAGUGCAAAGCUUGUGCCCCGACGAAGCUGAUGAUGAUGCUGAUGUGGACCUGGUCAGGGCGCAGGCUAAAGUGAAAGAUGCCAUUCGAAAAAGGACCCGAGGGAAGCAGCCAGACCCCGAGAAUGAAGACAUGAUCCCCAAGCCAAAAGGGAAGGGACGAGGAAAAGGAUCUAGGAAGCCCAAGGUGGUUGCAGAGCCAGCACCAGCGGCAAGUGCAACACAACCUGAGCCCAAGAACAAGGAUGUGCCAUCAGCUGAUGGCCAAAAUGCUGCUGAUGAAAACCCUUCGCCCAACAAAAGGCCAGCCAAGAGCAGGAAGCAAGCAAAGGAACCGGAAGACAAGGAAGCCUUGAAAAAGGCUUGGUCCCAGAAGGACACCGAUGUCUAUGAGAUGUUCUCUGGAUGUGGCUCACUGCAUCAAGAGCAAUGGUUUGAUUGCGCUGGGAGAAGUGGCGCUAUCAACGACUUGACGACACUGGAAGGCCUGUUGGUGGCUAUCAAAGAUGUCCUCCGAGUUCGACGGGCCUGUUACGAGCAAUGGCCAGCACUAGUAGUGUUCCUGCCAAUGGUGGUGAUGCUGAUCGCCAGUGGGCACAUGAUCAGUACCAAUAUGAUGAGAACACUUGGCAAGAACAGGGACACGGUAACCAAUAUGGACAAUGGAAACAACGAGGGCAAGCUGAAGGGCAACCGGAAGAACAUAGAUCUCAGUGGGAACAAGGUGGUUGGCAGCAAGCUUACGAAGUGCAUGGGCAAAAUGCGCAAAGUGGUUGGCAACAACAGCAGGGACAAGGAGACUGGGAAUAUAGAACAUGGCAACAACAGGAACAAAGUGACUGGAGCACAGAACAUGUGCACCAUUGGAAAGAACAACACGGUGGUCAGGAUGUGGGGCAAGGCGGAGAGCAAUGGGUUCCACAAAAUCAGUGGGCCGAAGGUGCUUAUGGCAGUCACAGUCACAACACCAAAACACAAGAUGCACAUGGAGGCGAUGAUGGUGACCAGAAACAACCCAGUCAGGAUCAACGACAUCUACAUGCCCAUGGAGAAGCCACCAGUGCCCAUAGUGAUCACAAUCCUCCCCAUCUUGAUGGUGAUGCUAGUGAUAAAGCAAAAGGGUGUGGGCCAUUUGGCUUAUCUGGACCUGGUGCUCAAGAAUAUGAUUGGAACCCUUCGCCCGGACUGA